AGGGCUCUGCUUCGCUUGUCUGGCAGAGAUACCUUCAAGUACCUGCAGACGCAAACAACCAAUAACCUCAAGUCGCCGCAAUCGCAGUAUACUUGCUUUUUGAAUGCACAGGGACGCGUGCUGCAUGAUGCAUUCAUCUACAAGAUCGCAGAGGAUGCUUGCUACCUAGAAGUAGACGCAGAGCAGGUCGCUGCUGUGAAGGAACAUCUCUUGCGGUAUAAGCUUCGCUGCAAGUUUGUGCUCGAGGAAGUGGAUCCUCUAGCUCUAUCAGUCUUUUCUACGGAUGCUGCAUCGACAAUGCCUGCAGAGCUGAUUGAGACUAGUCAGGACGACUUGCGUGGACCAGACAUGGGUCUGCGUGUCCUUGCAAAACCAGACCUCAUCAAAUCACAUACAAACGAUACGCCACUCACUGAUUAUAUCAAGCGUCGCUUCCUCCGUGCUAUUCCCGAGGGAGCCCACGAGUUUGGUCUUGAUGCAUCAGGUUUGCCACUUGAGCGGAAUCUUGACUUGAUGGGCGGUGUUGACUUUCACAAGGGUUGUUAUUUGGGACAGGAAUUGACUGUACGAACCUAUCAUACGGGUGUCAUUCGUAAGCGCAUUUUGCCUGUACGUCUUGCAGAGUCUGCUGCAGCGUUGCCGGAUGCGUUAGAAUCCCAAAUGGAUGCGGGUGAUGGCAGUAUUGCAUACACACAGGGGAAGCAGGAUAUCAAGCUGGAAGGAACGAAUCGACCAGUUGGCAAGCUUAUUGGGCGAAUGGGUAAUCUCGGGCUUGCCUUGUAUCGACUUGAGAAGCUCAAU